CCAUCGUUGACAGGGCUCUCUACGAACCCUGUGGUCCAUAGAUCGAGUCAGUCUUAAGUCGAGUCAGUUAGGGGGAGAGUCUAAGUGGUGAGGAGUGGAACUGUCACUUGGUUGUGCACCUUUCACCAUGGUUGACAUGCGUAGUGGCCGGAGCACCUCCCCCUACACAGCAGAACAGGAGGCAAAAACCGCCGCCCUCCUGAAAGAGAAAAGAGAGAAGAAGAAGGCCAAGAAGAGGGCCCUGCUGGAAGAACAGGCGGCGAAAAUGAGGAAGAUUGAGGAGGAGAUGGCCAGAGAGAAGGAGAGGCUAAAGAGAGAAGAAGAAGAGAAGCUCAAGGCGGUAGAAGAGGGGAAAGAGGAGGAUGAACAACCACUGGAAAGGCGAAGAGCAGGAGGAAGAGGUGAAUCCAGUCGCACAAAAGAAGAUCAAAUGGAGAAGAAAAUUACAGAGUGGGUUGCUGGUUUGUCCCUGGGGGAAGAAGAAGAGGCACAGAUGUAUGUGCCCAAGGAAGAAAAAGAGGCCGCCAUGAGAGAGUGGGAUGUCGAAGAAGACCCACUCAAGCGGCAGACUAUGGAGGAUGAGAAGAUAAUGGCAAGAAACAUAGAGCGUCGGGCACAAGUCCAGGAAGAGCAAUAUUUAUUUGGUAGAGGUCAAGACAUUGCCUUACGCUCUAUACGGUUGGGGCUCAGGGACUUCGCCAGGGAAUUGACGACGCAGGUGGGCUCAGAGCCUAAUGAGGAGAAGCCUAUAGACCCUGCUAUUGCCAAGCUGCUGGAAGAGUUUACAGACUUAGCUAAGCCGCCAACAGGAGUAGUACCGCGGCCAAUCCAGCAUCGCAUUGAGAUAGAGCCUGGCAGUAUGACUCCUGAAGGAGCAGUGUAUAGGAUGUCCCCACGGGAGUUGGAGGAGCUGCGCAAGCAAUUAGACGAGCUCCUAGAGAAGGGUUGGAUUAGGCCCAUUUCGUCUCCAUUUAGAGCACCUGUUGUGUUUGUCCCCAAGAAGGAGGGAGAGCUCAGAAUGUGUAUAGACUAUAGGGGUCUCAAUGCUAUCACCAUGAAGAAUGCAGCGCCUCUGCCCCGUAUAGAUGAUCUUUUAGAUCGGGUGCAGGGUUGCAAAUAUUUUUCAAAGAUAGACUUGAAGUCCGGAUAUCAUCAGAUAGAGGUUCAUCCUGAUGAUCAGUAUAAGACCGCGUUCCGGACUAAAUAUGGGCACUACGAGUUCAUAGUCAUGCCCUUUGGACUAACCAACGCGCCAGCAACUUUUCAGCGUUGUAUGAAUGACUUGUUUAGGCCGUGGUUAAACAAAUUUGUAGUGGUCUACUUAGAUGAUAUUCUAGUGUUCAGUAGGACCCUCCAAGAGCAUGAGGGUCAUCUAAGGCAGGUCUUGGAGAAGCUCAGAGAGGUUAACUUCAAGAUCAACGCAAAGAAGUGUGAAUGGGCAAAGACUCAAGUUCUGUAUUUAGGCCAUGUCUUAGACGGAGACGACAUCAAACCAGAAGAUAGUAAGAUUGCAGCGAUUAGAGAUUGGCCUAUACCUCGCACGUUGAUAAAGUUGCGGUCGUUCUUAGGCCUAGCUAACUACUAUAGGAAGUUUGUUAGGAACUUCUCCACCAUCGUUGCGCCCCUUCACAGGUUGCUGAAGAAAGAAACGAUCUGGAAGUGGAACAAGGACUGCACGUCUGCCAUGAAGAAGUUAAAGCAGGCAUUGAUAGAGUACCCAAUCCUCAAAGUAGCCGAUCCGUCCUUACCUUUCGUCGUCACUACUGACGCGAGCCAGUACGGUAUAGGUGAUAUGUUACACCAAGACGAUGGCAAUGGGUAUAGGCCCGUAGAGUUCAUGUCUGCCAGAAUGCCUUCAGAGAAGCUAGCGACAUCUACCUACCUACGAGAGGGAACUCUACGCUCUCAGGCAAGCUUUAGAACAUUGGAAGCACUACUUGCUUGGGAGGCACUUUAAAGUUUAUUCAGACCACGAAACGUUAAGGUGGUUAAAGACGCAGGAUGACACCUAAGCGGACUAGGUGGGCCGCCGAAUUAGACCAAUAUGAUUUUGAGCUCAAGCCCGUCAAAGGGAAGUAUAAUGUAGUUGCGGACGCUCUGAGUAGAAGAGUUGAUUACUUUGGAGCGAUAGUUCAUUAUCUAGAUAUAGGGAGAGACCUGCAACAGAAAGUUAGAGAGGCGUAUGCGCAGGACCCUAUCUAUAGUGACCUCCUCAAGAGAGUAAAGGAGGCCCCAGAGU